AUGGCUCGAUCAAUCUGCAUUGUCUUUUUAGUGAUUUUUGGCAUGAGGGCAGCAAACGUGGUGCAGGCUAUCAGUUGCACCCAAUCUUUGCUUAGUCUGUUGCCUUGCCUACCUUUCUUCACCACUCCCAUCCCAAUGCCUAGUGUUCAGUGUUGUGUAGCGGUAGCAAGCUUGAACUUAGAGGCGAAUACUAAAGAGAUACGUCAAGAGCUUUGUAAUUGUUUCAAAAGUGCUUUUACGAGUUAUGGUGUGUUGCCUGAGAAAGCUAAACAAGUCCCGCAGUUAUGCAAUGUCCCCGUUCCUGUGCCAAUCGAUCCAAACAUUGAUUGCAACACGAUUAACUAA